AUGACUGACAGUGAAGACGAACUUAUUCCAAACAAUGUUCACAGUUAUCGAAAUGAGGGACCGACGAUACAUGCCAAGGGCCCAAAUUUUACUAACGUCAGUAGUUUCAGUUGUCGAAAUAAUUUCUCGAUCUCAACAAUGCAUAUACUACCGCGCAACUUCGAACGAAGAGACAUGAAUUAUGAUCAACGAAGCCUCUAUUACAAAAGAGAUACUUCACCAAUGUCCGUACGCAGUGUUCAAAGCUUAAGACCUCGUAAUUUCCCACAUCCUUACAAUAGAGGUGGUUUUGCGUAUCAGCGAUCUGUUUUUAAUGGUAGAAGCUCACCUACGUCCAUGCGAAGCAUAGAUACAACUACAAGCAUCAGUGCAAGAGAUAUUGCAUUAGCCUUUAAAAACGAAAAUUUUAAUAAGCUUCAGGAAACGAAAACAAUCUCACCUAAUAUAGCCAGUAAGAAGAUUGUUGUCAAUGGAGCUAAAGAAUUUAGUAAAAAAAACUCAAAAAUUACAUUAAAAUCAUUUUGGGAUACUGAUCUUGAAAGUGAUCAGGAUUAUUAUGAAAAACUACCUUGUAACUCAAACAAUUCAAUGGUUUAUAAUAAGGAAAACACAAGUAUUGACAACAAUAAGAAUAGUAAAAAGUUUCAGAGCCAUAAACCAGAUCAUAUGCCCAUAGUAGCAAAUGUUACAAGGAUCAGGAAAAAAUCUCAGAAAGGGAAUGAUAUAAAAAGUACCAGUGUGCCAGAAAGACUGAACAAAACAGACAAGAGAAACAAAAGAAACACAUCUCCAGUAUCAAAGGAAAAUAAUUUUAAUGACAAAAGGACAGAAACAAAGUUCAAG